AUGCUCAAGGUGUCAGCUGUAUUGUGUGUGUAUGCCGCCGCUUGGUGCAGUCAAGCUCUCCCUGCUGCCGCGGCUGUGGCUGCGGCCGGGGGGCGGUCAGACAGCGGUAAUUUUCUGGAUGAUAAACAAUGGCUCACCACCAUCUCUCAGUAUGACAAGGAAGUCGGACAGUGGAACAAAUUCCGAGACGAUGAUUAUUUUCGCACUUGGAGUCCAGGAAAAUCCUUCGAUCAGGCUUUAGAUCCAGCUAAAGAUCCAUGCUUGAAGGUUAAAUGUAGUCGCCAUAAAGUGUGCAUUGCACAAGAUUCUCAAACUGCAGUCUGCAUUAGCCAACGGAGGCUCACACACAGUAUGAAAGAAACAGGAGUAGGCCAUAAACAAUGGAGGAGUCCUAUGUCGUCUACCUGCAAGCAAUGUCCAGUGGUAUACACCAACCCAGUUUGUGGUUCUGAUGGUCACACUUACUCUUCUCAGUGCAAGCUAGAAUACCAGGCAUGUGUUUUAGAAAAACAGAUUUCUGUCAAAUGUGAAGGACAUUGCCCAUGUCACUCAGAAAAGUCCACAAGUACAAGCAGAAAUAUUAAAAGAGGAUUUGAUACAAGUAUUUUGCCAAUUUGCAAAGAUUCACUUGGUUGGAUGUUUAACAGACUUGAUACAAACUAUGAUCUGUUACUGGACCAGUCAGAACUGGGAAGCAUUUACCUUGAUCAGAACGAACAGUGCACAAAGGCAUUCUUCAAUUCUUGUGACACAUACAAGGACAGUUUGAUAUCUAACAAUGAAUGGUGCUACUGCUUCCAGAGACAACAAGACCCACCUUGCCAGACGGAGCUCAGCAAUAUUCAGAAGAGGCAAGGGGUAAAGAAGCUCCUAGGUCUCUAUAUCCCUCUGUGUGAUGAAGAUGGCUAUUAUAAACCAACUCAAUGUCAGGGAAGUAUUGGACAGUGCUGGUGUGUUGACAGAUAUGGAAAUGAAGUCACAGGAUCUAGAAAAAAUGGUGUUGCAAACUGUGCUAUAGAUUUUGAGAUUUCUGGGGAUUUUCCAAGUGGAGACUUCCAUGAAUGGACUGAUGAUGAAGAUAAUGAUGAUGAUAUUAUGAAUGAUGAAGAUGAAAUUGAAGAUGAUGAUGAAGAUGAAGGGGAUGAUGAUGAUGAUGGUGAUGACCAUGGUGAUGAUGGUUAUAUUUGAUUGAUGGGAGCUGAGAUCAAUAAUACAUUCUACAUUUCUAACAUUUACAAAAUGAUAGUCUAUUGAAAAAUUACCUUAUUGCCCAAAUACCAUGAUUCUAAACUUCACAUAUAUUUUGUAUAAUUAAUUCAAAUAUUAUAGCUAAAGUCUUAGAAUUUUAUGUUUAAGUAAGAAUAAUUACUUUUAACUUUAUAUGACUUAAAAGAGAAAGAAAACGCAUAGUGUCUAGCCAGAGAUAAAAAUGAAAGUUAUGAAGAGCUUAUUAACAAACAAAUU